ACAUCAGCAUCUUUGUUUACUAGCGAAGCGCAGCUACUUCUGUCUGAACACAACUUGCCAUCGGUUUCAGUGGUUCGCAAGGUUUCCUGCUUACCGUUCAGGGCGUACAAUCUUAAGCUGUGUUUUGUGAUUAAAUAGCUGAAUCUGAACCAUGUCGGUUAACAGACCCGGAGAGGACCACGCAGAUGCAAGAAAACAGCCGGAGGGGUCUGCUUCUUCUGCCCCUGCUCCCAUGGACAUGGAUGUGGAUGCUAAGCCCCACUCCCACAGCUUCAGAUAUAGCCUCAAGUUCCCCAGCAUUGGCCAAUGCAUCAUCAUCAACAACAAGAACUUUGAUAGAAGAACAGGCAUGAAUCAACGAAAUGGUACAGACGUAGAUGCAGCCAACGCGAUGAAAGUGUUUGGCAAGUUGGGUUAUAAAGUGAAGGUUUACAAUGACCAGUCAGUCAACCAGAUGACACAGGUUUUAACUGCCGUGUCAAAGGAAGAUCACAGCUGCUCAGCAUCUUUCAUCUGUGUUCUGCUGAGUCAUGGAGAUGAAGGUGUGUUUUUUGGUACAGAUAGCUCAAUAGAGCUCAAACACCUCACAUCACUCUUUCGGGGCGAUCGCUGCAAAUCACUCGUGGGAAAGCCCAAACUUUUUUUCAUCCAGGCUUGCAGAGGUACUGAACUGGAUGCAGGCAUUGAAGCAGACAGCCCGGACGAUGGCAAAACCAAGAUCCCAGUGGAAGCAGACUUCCUCUAUGCCUUCUCCACAGCCCCAGGCUACUACUCCUGGAGGAAUACUAUGACCGGGUCCUGGUUCAUCCAGUCACUGUGCGAUAUGAUGAGCAAAUACGGAAAAGAAGGAGUGGAGCUCCAGCACAUCAUGACACGAGUGAACCACAAGGUGGCGGUAGAGUUUGAGUCUGUCUCCAAUUCACCCGGUUUUGAUGCAAGGAAACAAAUCCCAUGCAUUGUGUCAAUGCUGACCAAAGAGAUGUAUUUUACUCCUUGAUGCUGUCUCUACAUCAGAAGAAUUUAGCCUGGCAGGCCGUCAUCUGCAGAAGAAAAGCUUGAGGGAUUUGUACGGGGUGAUGUUUUUGAAUUAUUUUAGUUUACACUGGUUCACGAAAGCUCAGCUUACAUAUUUCUGGGAGAGUAGAUGUGAUGUAAAACUGCUGUCACAUUUCACAAGCUUCGCAUUAUAAGGUUCUCUCUGUGUUGACUACAGUUAUGACAUAUCCGGCAAUUAAAUUUUGUAACCCAGCAGGAAAACUAUUUUGUGUUCUCUUUUAAACUUUUAACCUGAAAAAGGUUUUUUUUUUUUUUUUUAAAAAUAGCGACAUAAAAAAAAAUCACGAAUCUUAGAUAAAAUUGGCCUUGUUAUUCCAAGUUCACAAUUUGUUACCAGUAGACGUCUCUUUGCUGUUUACAAUACACACAUUUCAGGGAAAUGUAUCUGGAGCCAGUUUGAUAGGAAGUUUGACCUUCUGUAUUUGUUUAAUUAUGAAACCAUAGAUGGGCUUCUUGCUCUCCAACACCAACAUUUUUAUGACUCAGCAGUUUAUUUUAUGCUCAGUAUCUAAGCAACACAACAGUCUGUGAUGAGGGAUCAUGUGUGUAAUUUCUGUGCUUGUUUUUUCUUUUCUUUUGUAUACAUUCUUGUUCUUUGGUUUAAAUUACUGAGAAAGUGUAAACAUAUAACAAUUGCACAGUUUGCACAACCAAAAAUAACCAAUCAUUUAGUGAAUUUGUACACGACAAUUUAUGCAAAUCCUAAACAAACAACACCAGUACUCAGUAAGUAAAUUUAAAGGAUAAUGUUGUGUUGCAAAUUCAGAAACAUCCAUAAGCUGUCUGUUUGUUAGUGAUAAAGUUCAGGAUUCUGUUUUUAAUAUUUUUCAUAGCCUUCUUUAUUUUCUAAACAUGAAUUUCUUUGUAUGAACUGUUGCUUGUGAAUGUAAAAUUAGCCCAGUUUUUGUAGCAUGCACGAGUAAAACCAUUUAACCUGCAAGGUGCUAUUAUGUCAGGCAUAUUUUACAGAGGUACUCAUACUUGAACACAACUUUACAUUUCUUAUUGGGCUGUUGCUUUUGUAUUUCUUGUACUUUUUAAAGACCAGCGGAAACGUGGAUUCCUUUUCAGAUUGCUUCAGUAGUUACAGACUUUUGUGGAAAUGUGUAUGAAAAUCAACAAAUGUGUUAUUCGUUACAGGCACACAAGCACAAUAUGAUUGUGUACUGAUCCAAGUCCAGGUCAUUUUUAAGUCAACUGAUUGCAUUAAAUAUUUACAGCAAAAUACAUUAAAUCACUUUGCUGUUGUUUGACAAUCCAGUUUUUUAGUGAUAUCAAUAUGCCAGUUUGCUAUUGUCACUCCUUGGAUUUUUUUUUAUCAUGUCACUAUUUUGUAAGCAGCUAUCCUGUGAGGUUGGUGCAAAUGUUUUUUUUCCUGAAAAUAAAGACCACUUUUCAUUGUU